UAGAUACAAUUAUCCAUUUUGCUUCGGAUUGUACUAGCAUUCGUUGUUAUCUCCAACCGGAAGAGGCUAUAGCCAACAAUGUUAUAGCCUUUUUGGAAUUUUUGGAAUUAAUUCGAAUUUAUGGAAAAGUGAAGAAAUUUGUACAUAUCAGCACGGAUGAGGUCUAUGGCGAUUCUGAAUUGGGAAGUGAAGCAAAUCCUAAAACAGAAAAAGAACCGUUGCUGCCUGGAAACCCUUAUGCUGCUACUAAAUGAAUAUUAUGCCCAUUUAUAUCAACAACUUUAUGGGCUUCCAUUGUGUACUUUAAGAAUAAAUAAUAUUUAUGGUCCUAAUCAAUGGGAUGUUAAGCUUGUACCUCGAUUUAUUGAAAUUGCACGGAAAGGAGGUAAGUUCCCUGUACAGGGAAGUGGAGACCAGCUUCGCUCAUGGUUGUAUGUUGAUGAUGCUUCUGAAGGUAUCCGGUUAGCAUUUGAAAAGGGAGGGAUUGGAGAGAUUUACAAUUUAGGAACUUAUGUUGAGAGGAAUGUUAAACAAGUAGCAGAGCGUGUACAGGCGGAAGUUAAUCGUCAGCUAGGUGUUAAUGGAGAAGUAGAAUUUGAAAAAAUUCAAGACCGUCCUUAUAACGACCAACGCUAUUUAAUUGACUAUACCAAAGCAAAGGAAGAGUUGGGAUGGGAACCGAAAAUGUCUUUUGAGGAAGGUCUUUCACUCGUUGUCACUUCACAUUUACGCACUAAAACUGAACCUGAACAAAAAUUGUCGGUUAUAAUUUAUGGAGGUAAAGGAUGGGUUGGGCUACAAGUUCAGCAAGUACUUGAAGAAAAAAGUAUUCCCUACGUCUUGGCUAAAUGCAAAAUUGGAAUUGAUUCAGAGGAAAAGGUAAUCGAGGAACUUUUCCAAUUGCGUGGAACUCACGUCCUUUGCUGUACGGGAAGAACACAUGGAGGGAAUUAUAAAACGAUUGAAUAUUUGGAGGGAGGACCCGAAAAAGAUUUCGAAAAUAUUCGAGACAAUCUUUACUGUCCUCUAGCUUUGGCUACAAUUUGUAAAAAAUUGGGACUUCACUAUAGCUAUAUAGGCACAGGCUAUUUAUUUGCUUACGACGAAGGAAUGCAUAAAGUUGGAGGUGUACCUUUCAGUGAAAAAGACCUGCCUACGUUCUUUGGAAAUUCUUAUUCUGUCGUAAAAGGCUUCACUGAUAGAAUGAUCCAACGGCUUAACUAUCAAGAAUGUUUAAACGCCCGUAUCACACUUCCAUUAAAUUUUGAUUUGGAAAGUGACCGAAAUUUGCUCUCAAAAAUUAUAAAAUAUAGACAAAUUUUCGAUAUCCCCGUUUCAAUCACUAUAAUGCCUGAUUGUUUGCCUGCUUUAAUUCAAUUAAUGAUUAAACGACAUACAGGCACCAUAAACUUGGUUAAUCCUGUACCUAUAAGUCUGGCAACAAUUUUAGAUUUGUACAGGGAGGUUGGCAAACUUUAUAAUAUUUUCAUUUCAAGAAUAAACAGUGCUGGGGGUAUUGGCCGUUUUGUGUCUCAGGCUCCGACUUUUUUUAGAUACAUGGCUCAGGCUUCGGAAAUUACAAGAUCCUAA